AGGACACACAGGUGAGACCCUCAGAACAGUGUCGUCUCUCACUGACCUCAUCGUCUCGUCGCUGCUCAGGUCCCUUAGCGCUGUCUAAGUGUCUCUACACUCCUCCAGGACGAGCCAGACUCAACAAAGAAGAAGAAGAAGAAGAAGAAGUGAUGUCGUGUCCCAGCAGGUCUCAGAUGUACAUCGACGUCCCUGCGUUCCCGCGCGGCCACGUCGCGCCCUACGCUGCUCAGGAACACUCAGACGCCUUCUGCGGUUUCCCCAGCAUGCCGGAGUACCUGUCCCGCUUCGACAUGCUGCUGUCCGAGGACACGGCCUGGAUCAUGAGGAAGAGCGACGUGUUGACGUCCAUCGACAGGGAGGAGGAGCUACUUCAGUGUAAGGAGGCGGGGCAGGACUCUGUGAUCGACAGCACGGCGGGACACUGGGCUCUGUGUGUGGGUCUGAGUGGACAGACAGACGUGGAGGACAGGUGUCUGGAGCAGGUACAGAGUUUAGUCCUGGAUGAGGUGCUGAAGGACAUCGAGACGGCGUGCAAACUUCUCAACAUCAACCCAGAUCCUGCAGAAUGGAGCUCGGGACACGUGCAGAAGUGGUUGCUGUGGACAGAACACUUGUACCGACUGCCGCAGGUGGGAAAAGCCUUCCAGCACCUGAGCGGCAGCGACCUGUGUGUGAUGAGCGAGGACGACUUCAGGCAGCGCUGCUCCUCCUGUGGAGACGUCCUGUUCGCUCACCUCGACAUCUGGAAGUCUGCUGUCUGGAUGAAGGACAGAUGUUCUUCUCAAAACAGCGGCUUUAUUGGUAAAUCAGAGGAGCGGUGUGCAGAAGCGGACUCGUCCUGCAGCGGGCAGCCCAUCCACCUGUGGCAGUUCCUCCGAGAGCUGCUCCUUAAACCUCACAGCUACGGCCGCUCCAUACGCUGGCUCAACAAGGAGAAAGGUAUCUUUAAGAUCGAGGACUCAGCCCACGUGGCUAAGCUGUGGGGGAUCAGGAAAAACCGCCCGGCGAUGAACUACGAUAAACUGAGCCGCUCCAUUCGGCAGUACUACAAGAAGGGCAUCAUUAAGAAGCCGGACGUGUCUCAGAGGCUGGUGUAUCAGUUCGUCCAUCCGGUCUGA